GCGGCCGGUGGACGUCGCGCGGAGCACUUGGAGCCGCUCGGCUGCUCGAGCCUCUUCCGUCGUCGCCGUUCCGUUGGCAUGAAGGUGGCGCUGGUUCUCGUCCCGGUCGCCCUGUGCCUGUUUUCCGAAGCCAAUAAAAAGGGCGACGGCGACGAAUGGGUUCAUUUGCCGAAUAAAUGCGAAGUGUGCAAAUUGCUGAGUAUUGAAAUGAAAUCAGCGUUUGACGAAACUGGGAAGACCAAGCAAGUCAUCGACAGGAACUACAGGUUCCUCGAUGGCAACGGUGCGGCGCCAAUCAAAUACGUCAAAUCGGAUAUUCGUUUCAUCGAGGUGAUCGAAAAUGUAUGUCAGAGGCUGCAGCGGUAUAAUUUGCACAAAGAGAGACCAGGGAGCAACCGCUUUGCAAAGGGUAUGUCCGAAACGUUCGCCACGCUCCACAACCUGGUCCACAAGGGGGUGAAGGUUGUGAUGGACAUUCCUUACGAGCUCUGGAAUGAGACGUCUGCUGAGGUGGCUGACCUGAAAAAGCAGUGUGAUGUCAUGGUGGAACAGUAUGAAGAUGUCAUUGAAGAGUGGUACAAAGGUCAACAGGAGGAGGAUCUCACCACAUACCUGUGCGAGAAGCAUGUCCUUAAGGGCCAGGACACAGCUUGCUUGAAUGAGGAAUGGCAUGGAAGAAAACUAAUUCCUGAAGACAAAAAGAAGAAGAAGAGCAGUAAAAAGAGUAAGGAGGGAGCUAGUGGUGGUCAAACAGGUACAACUAAGCAAAAGCAGAAGAAAAAGAAAAGCAGGAACAGCCAGCCAAAAGAAGAUGCAGAGGGGAAGGAGAGUGAAGAUGGCCUACCGUUAGGAGGAGAUCUUAAGGCAGCUACCGUGCCCAAGGAGAAGGCUGAGCUCUGAGUAUGUGGAAGGAGCCUGGCAGCAGCACACAGGAGCACCAGCACUUCUUUGCAUAGCUGUCAUCUGCCCUUCAACCAACAUCUGUCCCUUUCCAUAUUUAGCCUUUUUUCUCAUUUCUUCUCAGUCUCCCUUGUUUCUCACUGCCCACCACAUAUCUCUUAAGCAGCUCCAUAUUUUACUCGUCCUUCCACUUUUACUGCCAUCUGCUUUGCUCUGUCAAACCAUAACUUUCACUUUUCUUCAGCAAACACUGAACACUAGAAGCACAUAAAGUUCCCUACCAGGAUGCUCUUGUUAAAGCAACAUGGCACAAGCCUGAUUCUACUUAUUUUUUCACGUGUGAUUAACAACCUAAAAGAAUGUCAUUUUGUCGGGUGAAAAAAUUCCUGUGUAUCUGCCAAACCAAUUCACAUUAGUGCAAAUGAUGUGUCUCUCUGAGGGUUUCUUUCUGUUUUGGAUACUCAGUCUGUACUGUGUGAAUUGAACUAUUUAGCCUAAUAAAACCACAUGUUGCACUGUUAGCAGUUGGAUGAAUUUACCUACUAAUAAUAGUUUAUUUUCCAGAAAAAACAUGACCAAAAAGCCUCAGUGGGUCCCAUUUGACUUGUAUUUUCAUAUUUUUAAAUAACUUUUUCUUAAAUGUCUGAAUAUUAUACUGGUUGGUUGAAACUUUUGUGACUUUAUCAUGUGCUAUGAUCAUUAUUUGGUAGGCCAUAUUUCAUGUUAAGUGCUUUGAGUGCGCAGAUGGUCUUGAAUAAGUAAUUCUUUACGUAACCAUUUGAACAUGUACUGUAAGUGAUUAUCAGUUUAGUAAUGCUGUUAUUUUACAGAAGCCUGAAAACUGGAUCAGUUUGUGUUAUUGAAACUGUAGAAUUUUGAAAUUGCUGCAGUUGAAUGGAUUUUUAAUUUCAGGAUGGGCUCGCAACUGUCAUGAACAUGACAGGGACAAUUGGUUUGCAAAAGUGUGAUUUUGACACCAUUUAUUCAUUUAGCUGACUCUUUUCUCCAAAGGAACUUACAAUGUUAAGGAUACAA